GCAUAUCUCUUCACACAUUCCUUUCCCUACGGUACAUAUGUAUAUAUGUAUCUGUCUGUAUCUCUGUGUAUAUGUAUGCGUAUCUGGAUAUAUCUACAUGUAAAUAUGUACAUGUAGAUGCCUGUAUUCGGUAUGCAGGCCUGCGUCUGUAGGAGUGUAUGUAGGUUUGAGGACUCUCGAGCAAGACAAGGAGGCGCAGGUGAAACGCAGCAGGAUGGCAGCAUCCGCGUGAGCGAGGGGUGCCGAGACAACUGAGAGAAACGAAGUGGCUUUUCUGUGGAGUCUCGCCGACGCGUUCGACUGGCCGUUCGCGGCUCGUCCUGGGUGCCCGGACGCAGGAAGCCUUCUGUCAUCAUCCCCGCGAAAGAGAGACCCUGUAACACCCUGAACCGGCGAUACGCAACGGCGGAGAGACGAACAGAGUGCAGAUGCGCCGAGCCGCAACUGGGGACAGCUGCAAGGUCGCAGGACGUUGAUCGCCCAGACUUGCCGCUGUUUCCACCACGAGGCGAGGACGGAGGGCAAAGAUGCACCGAAGCAGAGACACGAGACGCCACCCUGGAGCACGCAGCGCUGACUGCCGCGAGGCCGAGCCGAAACGAAAAGCUGGAGGUGAAUCUGUCGAAAGAAAAGCGGAGACGGCAACUGGAGGCGAGACAGAAGACAGCAUCUCUCUCACGAAACGAGGACAGAAGUCGACCGCUGCACUGAAGUCCCGUCGCGUUCAUCACUUGCUCACUUCUCUGCCUUGUUGUUUGGUUCCUAGACGCGUCACGCCUCUCAGAGAGAAUCCCCGCUUUUCGUCGUCGUCGCGUCUCUGCCGCAGAUCUCCAGAUCGCUCUCUCUGCUCCCUUUCCCCUCCUCUGAGGCAAGAACGACGAACACACGUCUCUCCCCGCUUCUUCUCCCCAGUCUUCGUUUUCGCUUUCGUGCUCUGCUGCUUCCCUUCCCUUCGCUUCUCCGCGUCGUUCCCCACUCUCCCCUCUCCUCCCCACUGGCGAUUCGCUGCCCCCCCCGCUGCCUCUCGCCUGCUCGCCUCUUCGCGCGCUCCGGAGCGCCUGCCCUCUCUCAGUGCUCGCCAUUCUUUUCCUGCUGCAUCUGUGCGUCGCCCUCCCAAGAUUUCCUCGUCGGCCGUCUUUGUUUCCGCGCGUCCUGCCGGGGGCUUCACAGACACCUCGGCCUCGAGGCCUCUUGCGGCUCCUGCGAAGGCCUCGUUUCUCCCGACAGACAGACCGGCGUCGUCUCCUCUUGGGUCGUGGUGCGCCUCCGCUCCAGACCGAAGACGCUGCGAACAGGGGAGAGACGCGUCGGCGCACCCCUGCGCCUCGCGCGCCUCUCGCUCACAUCUGGCUGCUCUCGUCCAUGAUCUCUGUGGCAUCGCCGGUGGACCAGCCUCACGCGCCGCGUUCCCCUGCUGCUCAUCGGGGUCUGUUGUGCCUUGUCCUCGAACGCCUCGCUCUUGUUCGCAUUCCCCUUCUCCGCGGACCUCUGCUUCUGCAAACAGCGCAGCCGACAAACCUCUGUCUUCACAGAGCGAGCAGCCGCCUUCUCUGAUGAUUUCUCUCUCGCGCGCUCUAACAUUCAUACAUGAUACCCUGACCCCAACAUCAAACACUUCUUCCUCGUCCCCGCCCUCUUGUCCCUCUUCCGGUUCUUCUGCCUCUUCUUCGGCAUCUUCGUCUUCCUUUUCUUCGUCUUCUUCUUCUUCCUCUUCGUCGUCUUCCUGUUCGUCGUCACCGCCGCUUCCACCUCGUGAAUUCGCUUCCGUCGAUGCUCCCUCAGCGUCGGAUCUCCCGUCUUCGCAGGCGGGGAGAGCAGGUCGAUCCUGGGGCACAAACGCCUGCGCUGACGCGCCGUGGGCUCCCCGUUUCUCUCCGGACUCUUCUGCUGCUUCUGGUGCACCUCCCGCCUCGUCCCGACUCUCUUCGUUCUACUCCUUCCUUCCUUCUUGGCUACCGGCUGCCUCGCGGUCCUCGGAAAAAGCCCCGAGUCUGACGAAGACCAAUCCAUUCUCUGUGCCCUAUCGCGCCGUCGACCUCAUCGCGCUCUUCGGCCGCCUCCUCUUUCCCGCGCUCCUGCCUCUCUACGCGCAGGUGUACGUACACCGCAGACCACAGCGGGGCCGACAGGCUCUCAACCUCCCCGCCGCUGGCCACGGACGCCGCACCUCGCCGGCAGUCUCUGUAAUCUCCCCGACCCCAUCUUGCCCGUCCUCUUCCUCUUCUUGGUCUCCUUCUUCUCCAUUUUCGUCUUCUCUCUCUUCUUCGUUUUCUUCUGUUGCUUCUCGUUUGGGGCUUCGUUUCCCUUGGCCGCUGGCGGAUUCGCGGAGAUGGCAACGCGCGCUGGUUCGCCGUUUCGCGGCGGCCUUCUCGUCGCUGUCAGAGCUGCUCUCUAGGCCCCUGUCUCUGCCGUUUUUCUGGAACACUUCUGCUCCGUCCCGCGCCUCCUCUUCCCCUUCGUCGGAGCCCUCAGAGGAAAGGCUAGGACGCAGAGAGUUCCUCUUCUCCCCCUCCGCUGACCGCUUCUUCUUCCCUGCAAGCACAACAAGAACGCGGCAGUUGCGCUGCACUCCGAAAGUCCCCCUUCCUCAGGUCGGACGCGGACCGGACGCCUGGAGGUGUUUCAUGCAUUCUCUCUUUGCCGCGCAAAGUGCACGGCUGCUCGACUUCCCGACCUUCUCGCAACGCCUUCUCCGGCUGCCGUUCAGCUGGCCUCCUUUCGCCUGCUUCCUCCCCGCCGCCAACGCGUACUGCUACCGGCGCGGAGUGUACAGACACUUGGCGACGACCUGCGGCGUCUUGGGGGCUCUCUCGGCGGAACUCGAGGCAGAGCAGCCGCACCCUGUCGCACUGGCGUCGCUAUUUCAUGUCCUCAGGCUUCGCGGCAACGACUGCUCUCUCUACGGGCCUCUCCAGAGCGCAGAAGGAAACUCGGGGAAGCCGCUUUUUCUCGAUGCGGAGGCCGUGAGACUCAGCCUGCUCAGUCUGUGUCAGAACGCCGUGACUGAGACGCUCCACACAGAAAGAGAAGAAGAAAGAGAAGUAGCAGACGAAGAAAGAGAAGAAGCAGAAGACGCCGAAGGAGAAGCAGAUGGCGAAUCGGGCUUCAGGAGACAUCGGAGGAGCAGCGUGGAGCUUGCUGCAGUGACUCUGUGGGAGGCGUUCGAGAGGAAGAUGGACACCAUGACGCUUAGACUACAAGAGGGAAACUGCGAUGUGCCUACGGCCUGACUUCUCUCCGUUCCUCUGGAAAGACGAACUCGUCCUUUUUCGUUGAAGCCUUUCCAGGUGGACUCCCUACACCCGCAUAUCAGGUACGCAGACUCGACUCGUGUCUACGAAAGCGCGUGAGAAAAAAAUUGGGUUUCUGCGUGGCGACUCGGCAGUUCUGUUGUCAGACGACGGCGCUUUGUGUGGUGGAGCACAGGAAGAAGAAAGCAUUUUCCAUUCG